GGAGUGUCAGGGCGUUUUGUUUGUGAGAUCCGGCAACAGAUGGCGGUGACAGGACGGAAUACUUGAAGCAUAAAUCUGGCUGGAUGGAGGUCCAGAUUGAGGAAACAGUCACUACAGUCGGUUAUCUAUUUUUUAUUACGUAGAACGUCAAACCAGCCAAUCGCCACAAAUAAAAUUUGCUUUAUAUUUAGCGUGUUUUAUAACCAUUCUUUUUUUUUUAACUUGGGUGUUUCUUGAAGGCCGCAAAAUCCCCGGGCUCGAUUUGAGGACACGGGGAACCAAGUGCGGUGGGAAUGUUGGAAAAGUCGCAUUAAAUGGUCGUUGGGACAUUUUAUGCUCUCAGGUGUUAUCUUUGAUAGUUUUGUAGCAUUCUGGUUUGUUUGUAAAAGUUUAAUAGUUUUAAAGCAAAUAAAAGUGGAACUAGUUAGCUAGUGGAUAUGCUAGUCUGCUAGCGUAACUGACGGAUUUUGAAUGAAUGGAAGGGCGAGUUACUAUUCUCGUAUCACAAGACUGCGCUGGUUUUCUUCUCCCAUAAUAACCCGGUCUCUGAAACCGUGUUUGACUGCUGCACUUUUUUUAAACCCACAAAUGGACAGGAAUACGGCUCCUGGGAGUUGGGCUGCGGCAGUUUAGCACGCAAAGAUAGCGCUGUGCCUGCUGUACUGGCCGGCGAACGGUAAUGGUUACAACAAGGCGGGAGGACGCUAACUUUAGCUAGCUACAAACACUCAUGCACUACUGAGACUUGGCUGCGAUAGAGCGAAGCUAACGCCCGCUUUGGAAUGGGGAACACGUUGUCAUGCUGCGUCUCUCCGGAGUCGAGCCCCAAACAAACCUCCAGACAGCCCGCAGAGCGGCUGGAGGAGAUCCACACCAGCGCCGAAGUCAGCGAUGACGUCACCGUGCCCUACCUGCAGCACAUCAGCGACAGAGAAGUUCCUGAAGAGUUGGCCAUGGAGUGUAACCCAUCAGAUCACGCCCAAGCAAGCACCCUCUUCCUCAGCAAGUCCCAGACAGACGUGCGGGACAGGAGGAAAAGCAACCACAUAAACCACGUCAGUCACGUGUCUCCCGGCCCCCUUUCAAAGAAGUUCAGCUCCUGCUCCACCAUCUUCAUCGACGACAGCACCGUCAGUCAGCCAAAUCUGAAAAGCACCAUCAAAUGUGUCACUUUAGCAAUAUACUACCACAUCAAAAAGAGAGACUCCGACAGGUCAAUGGACAUCUUUGAUGAGAAGUUGCACCCCUUAUCAAGAGAGCCCGUGCCGGACAACUACGCCUACGUGGACCCGGAACACAAACUGAUCUACCGCUUCGUCAGGACGCUGUUCAGCUCCGCACAGCUCACUGCAGAAUGCGCCAUCGUCACACUGGUGUACCUGGAGCGUUUGCUGACCUACGCUGAGCUGGACAUCUGCCCGGCCAGCUGGAAGCGCAUCGUUCUGGGGGCCAUCCUGUUAGCCUCCAAGGUGUGGGACGACCAGGCUGUGUGGAACGUCGACUACUGUCAGAUCCUCAAAGACAUGACCGUGGAGGACAUGAAUGAGAUGGAGCGCCAGUUCCUGGAACUCCUCCAGUUUAACAUAAAUGUCCCAGCCAGUGUUUAUGCCAAGUACUACUUUGACCUGCGACAGCUGGCUGAAGACAACAACCUGAACUUCCCCUUGGAGCCCCUCAACAACCAGCGAGCCCAAAAACUAGAGGCCAUUUCUAGACUCUGUGAGGACAAAUACAAAGACCUGAGCCGAGCAGCCAUGAGGCGAUCCCUGAGCGCCGACAACCUGAUCGGCAUCCGGCGCUCCAACGCCGUGCUGUCCUAGAGCUCAGGACGCCGCCCGGGUUAAACCGACCCGCACUGUGAUUCCCCUUCAGCUGCAGGCGUGAAUCCUAAACUUGAAAGCGCGGUGGAUAACAUGUUACCAUUUUAAUUCUCAUCUUUACCAAUGGUCUAUUUAUUGUUUUGAUUGUUGCUUUGAGGAAGUGCUAAGACACUGAAGGACUUGUGAUGAAACGUCACACAUGAGGGUUUGUUUUGCAUCAAAGACGCUUCUCACUUCUGUUACUGAAAUCAAUGAAAACCGGCGAAGCGGCGCCGCUAAUCUGGUUCCGGAUCACUUCUUAAUCUGAGGCUAAACCUUUACCAACACCAACCAAAAGGUCAGGGGUCAGAGCAAAAGACGCUCGGAUCGCUUCUCAUCCAUGUUGGCCAUUUUUAAAGGCGUGACGACUCGUUUCUCUAAAGCGGCGUGGAUGAAACCUUGGAUUAGUUCAUCUGUGUCCUUGAGAUGUUUUUAACGGGUCACAGAAUAACAGGGAUCCUCUUCACGCUUUUAAAACUAAAUGUUUAUUGCCGCUUUUCUUUUCAAAAACUCUUAAGACACAAUAGUUUUGAUGAAAGCUUCAGGUGUUCCAGGAGUUCAGUACAACACUCCCCCCCCCCCCCCCCUUUUUUUCUUCCAAUAUUUUUCCUCACAAAUCCAUAUUUACUCUCUCAUUGAAAAUUGAAAUGACUGAAGGUUGUAAAUCGGACACGUUUCCUGUCGCUGCAAAUGCUACCGGUUGUUGACCAGCAACGCUCUGCAGGAGCCGAUUCAAGUACAAAAAGACAAAAAGAUAAGAAACACCCCCCCCCCCCAGUAAUCUGCUGUCCGUCAGAAAAGGGAUGGGGUUCACUUUGAGUUUUGGCGGUUGCGUCCGUCACAGAGAAAUGAAUGGAAGAAACACGCCAUUUAUAUGUUUUAUGUAUGCAGCAUCCAAGAUCAGUUCCUAAAAAGUAUUUGUCUAUUUACAUUUAUUGUCUGACACAACAGGCCCCGCCUUUAUUUUGAAACGCUUCGGUCGAGUGAUUUGAUUUUGAAAAUGAAUUGUGAACUAAAAAUGAAUGGAAACAAAUCAGCGAUGCCCGUUCCACAGAUUGACGCCGUCAUCCUGACUUGUCUCCGAGAGGCUGAUGUCCCCCCCACCCGGGGGGGUUGGGGUGGGGGGCUGAUGGAGGCCUGCCUCAUGUUUGCUUACUAUGUAGGCUCCUAGCUGUGAACUGUUUCUUCUUUUUAAUGAUAAAAGGAUUUAGCAAAUUGACUAUUUUAAAUAAACACUAAUCAUUUAACAAA